AUCCUAUGGGGUCCUUGAUAGAUGUGUGUGUGGUAGUACGUACUUUUCCAUAUAAACUUUUCCAAUUAAAUAUUACCGAAUUUUACAAAAUUGAUUGGUUUGACUUAAAAAAAGAUUCUUUAUUCCGAAAUCCCACAUAAAAAAUACCACAAAUUAAAAAUAUAUAUCCUACUCUAGAACUUGUUAAUUUGUUGGAGAUGGCAAACUCAGAACCAACACAAGCCAUAACUAAAAAACAAUUCAAAGAUGAAGAUGAAGAGCAAAAUUAUUUUGGUUUCCCCAUGGUCUUUUAUCACAACUUUUGGUGCUUAAAUGUUCUUUCCAAUGGUGUAAAAGCCUUCCAAAGACAUUUCCAAGCUCAAAAUAGUGAUAUCAUUUUAGCCAGUUUACCUAAAACUGGUACAACUUGGUUAAAAUCCAUCCUUUUUGCCAUUCUUAAUCGACGAAAAUAUGAAAAAAUCUCUCAACUUCCUUUUAAUACCAUAACUCCUCAUGAACUUGUCCUUCACUUAGAGCUUGAAGUAUACAAAAAUUUCACUGAACAUCAUCCCAUAACUAACCCACCUAAUGUAACUGAAUUACCGUCUCCCCGACUGUUCGGAACGCACAUGCCAUAUUCAGCUUUGCCUGAAUCAAUCAAGUCCUCAAACUGUCGUAUUGUUUACGUUUGUCGAAAUCCUUUCGACACUUUUAUUUCAUUAUGGCAUUUUUAUCUCAAGUUUGACAUAAAUAAAAGCAAUGAUCAAUUUAUGGAAGAGAGAAUGAUGGAGGAUUAUGUGCGUAAGUUUUGCAAUGGAAUCUCUCCAUUUGGGCCUUAUGAAGAUCACUUAUAUGGGUUUUGGAAAGAAAGCAAAGAAAACCCUAAAAAGGUGUUGUUGUUGGAGUAUGAAGGGUUGAAGAAAGAACCAAAAGACCAUUUGAGAAAAAUAGCCGAGUUUGUGGGUUUUCCAUUUUCAAUUGAGGAAGAAAAAGAAAAUGUUGUGGAUGAAAUUAUUGAGCUUUGUAGUAUUAAAAGUAUGAAAGAAAUGGAGAUAAAUAAAAAUGGAAAGUUUUAUCCUUGGGUUGAAAACAAGGCUUUGUUUAGGAAAGGAGAUGUUGGAGAUUGGACCAAUUAUUUGUCUCCUUCAAUGGUUAACCAAAUUCAACAUAUAAUGGACAAUCUAAACAAUAAGGGUUUUUCUUUUAUGUACUAUCAAAUAUAGUGCCCUUCUAAGUGAGAGGAAUGCGUAUGGGAUAAGGAAAUGGGAAACGUGAUAUGAAGAAAGUGAUUUGUCGUGAAUUAAAUAGAUAAAGCAUAUCCAUAAGACAUGUAUCCUGGAUAAUAAUCCAAUAAUUGAUAGAUCUUUGCAUAUUUACUCUGUUAUUUGUAAUGUCUUCAUGGUUGUAAGCUUCAUUUUCAAUGUCUUUUUAUUUAAUUUGUAUUCUAAUUUUGGUCAUUUUCAAAGUGUUCAAUGUUGUAUGACAAUAUAUGUCUAUUUUCUACAUUGUUUGAUUGAAGAAA